CUGCCUUCUGCCUUCCAUUUUGUUAUUUGUGUCAGUUUCUAGCAUUUCGUACGUACAAUUUCCUAGUUUGAUGAUUGAAUAUGGCAUUAAAUGACGAAAAAAGUGCGUCAAAUUCAACCAAAAACAAUGUAAAACCGUAUGGCAAAGUGAUUCUCACGCUGAAAAAUCAGCUUUUGCCCGAGGAACGGCUCCUAAACACACCAUCACAAAAAGAUGGCUUGUGUCUGGAUGCUGAAACAGAUUUGCGCAUUUACGGUUGUGAACUGAUACAAUCCGCCGGGAUUUUAUUAAAACUACCUCAGGUAGCUAUGGCGACUGGACAAGUACUACUUCAAAGAUUUUACUACUCCAAAAGUUUAGUACGCCACCCAGUCGAACACACGGCUAUGGGCUGUGUUUGUCUCGCCUCAAAGAUAGAAGAAGCCCCCCGAAGGGUCAGAGAUGUUAUUAAUGUGUUCACGCAUAUUCGACAAGUGAACAAUGGAAAUCCUAUUCAUCCAGUUAUUUUGGACCAGAACUAUAUUCACACGAAAAAUUUAGUGAUAAAAGCCGAGAGAAGAGUUUUGAAAGAACUAGGAUUCUGCGUUCAUAUCAAACACCCUCACAAGAUCAUAGUGUUGUAUCUUCAAGUUUUGGGUUACGAAAAUAAUCAAAAACUGAUGCAGUACUCCUGGAACUACAUGAAUGACGCUUUAAGAACUGACGUUUUUGUUAGGUACCAACCCGAAACAGUGGCGUGCGCCUGUAUUUAUCUCACGGCCCGUAAACUUAAAUUACCUCUACCGAAAAGCCCUCAUUGGUACAUCAUUUUUGGAGCCACGGAAAAAGAAAUCAGAGACAUCUGCGUCAAAAUCCUGAAACUUUACAAUAGAUCAAAGCCAAAUAUCGACGAUUUAGAGAGACAAGUGGAAGAAUUAUGCGAAAAAUACAAAUCGGAACGGAUCAAGGUUAAAGGAAUUAGCGGAGAGAAUUCGCCAACCAAUGAAUCGCAAAAUGUUCAAAAAACCUCCGCCCAUAACGCCUGGGGUGGAUUUAUUAGUCGAUCGGGAAGCCAUAUGCCUCCACCAAUGAGCGAGAAGAGGUCACGCUCCAGGUCGGAAACGCGAUCGCCUGAUAGGAAGCACAAAAAGAACAAAAAGCACAACAGAUCCCGCAGCAGAUCGCAAUCGAGGACCCACAAGAAAAGCCACAAAAGGAAAAGCUACUCCCGAUCGCGAAGUAAUUCGCCGCACAAAUCUAGGAAGGCCAGGGACAGAAAAAAGUCGAGAUCUGUUAGUAACGAUCGCGAGACGAAGAACGAUCGCUACAUUGACAGGUAUGACAAGUAUGACAAAGAUGCCAAAUACAAAGAUCACGACAGGGACAGCAAGUACAAAGAAGACAGGGAUCGGGAUAGAUACGAUAAAUAUGAAGACAAAAAGGACAGCAAAAAAUACGAUAGAGACGAGAAACACAGGGACAGAGAUGACAAAUACAGGGAUAGGGAAGAAAAGUACUCUUCGAGGGACGAGAAGUACAAAAAAUCGAAGUACCGGGACGAAGAAAGGUCGAAAGACCGAAGAAGAAGGAGUUAAAAAAGAUUUUUUUAGGUGUAUAUUAUUUCUUAAAGUAAAUUAGAGACCUACGAUGUAAAAAAAGUGUACAGUUAAGUUUUCAAAUAAAUUAUAUUUUGAUCAAAACACAACUUCUCUUUAUUUAUUCACAUAAACAAAAAAAACUCUAAAACCGCCUUUUUACAAUUAUUAUAUUAACUUAUAUGUUUCUGCUCUCUGUUCUUACAUUUAGUAAAAAAAUAAAACUAUACAACAAUACUAUGAUUAAGCUAUUAUUAUGAGCGUGUGUGAGAGAAAAAAAUUGACAAAAAUUUUUGCAUUCCACACGGUUUUUUACAGCGUCUUUUUUUUAGAGUUCCAACUAGAUCCGUUGAGCCACCCUGUAGAUACAUUGCACG